AUGGCCGACAAAAUUAAACUCCUCGUGCAAAAGCGGACGUUGCUAAAGUCGCAGAUCACGACUCUGGCCAAUCUCCUCGACAAAGACAAAAUAGACGGCAAAACCUUGAGAUUACGUAUCACGCGUUUAACCGAACUAUACCACGCGUUUGAAGAGUAUAGUGAUGAGCUCGCGGUGUUAGAUCCGAGCGACGUUCAUCAUUCCGAAUUCUCUAAUAUACAAGAACGAUUUUACACUCUCGCGGGCAACGUCGAGAAUAAGUUGAGCGCGGCGAAUAUAGCGAAUAAGGACGACGGUAUAUCGAGUGACGAAAUCCGAAUCGAGAACACGGAAACAGCAACAACGUUCAAAAAAAGACGCGUCAAACUUCCCGAAGCUCCUCUCCCGACAUUCGAUGGCAAAUUUGAAAAUUGGUUGUCGUUCAAAAACACGUUCUCUUCUAUGAUUGGCGCGCAAACGGAUUUAACAGACGUCGACAAAUUACAUUAUCUGAAAUCCGCGUUAACAGAUGAGGCCGGCAAUAAAAUAAAAAUAUUUGCGAUCGACGGGGUGAGUUAUACGAAGGCUUGGGAGUUGCUUGAGCGUUCGUACGAAGUGAAACGGAUCCUAAUCAUGCGACACCUCGCGGCUAUGGUAAAUUUGCCUAUGUUAGACAAGGAAAAUACAAGCGAUUUGACAAAGCUCGCUGACGAUGCUCAGCAACACAUCGCGGCAUUAAAUACGUUAGGCGUCACAAUCGGACAAGAGAUGAUCGUGUAUCUCAUAGAAAGCAAAUUACCGAAAGCGACGUUAGAUAAAUGGCAGUCGACGCUUGUGAGAGACACCUUUCCCAAACUCGAAGACUUAUAUGAAUUCGUAUACAAAACAGCGGUGUGCGCGUCGAUACGGGAGCGACCGAUAUCAACAGAAACAAAUAAGAGCAAGUACGAACCGCCAUUCAAGAAGAGGAAAUUCGACGCGUCGAAUCGGGCACUUGUAGUAAAGGCAUCGCGCAAUUGCAUUGCGUGUAAAGGCAAACGACAUCCGCUUUAUACGUGUAACGUAUUUAAACAAUUAGCCGUGACAGAACGUAUCGACAUGGUGUGA